CGAAAAUAUUUGAACAUCCAUCCUCAAACAAACAAACUACAUUUGCAGCCUUUGUCGGCACACUUAGAUUUUCCACUCCAAUUCCGAUUUUCCCACCACCGUUCUCCGACAUUUUCCGGGAAAAUUCUGUCCCUUUCUCCUCACUCGCUCCAACAGACCCCCUCUUUCGAUUCUCUUUCGGUUCUUUCUUUUCUUUUCUUUUCUUUUCUUUUUUUUUUUGGCGGGGGGCAGAAGAAGAGCCUCUAGGGUUUUGCGAGGAGUAGUAAUGGCUAUGGCAGCCCCCGGGCAACUCAACGUGAACGAGUCACCUUCGUGGGGUUCCAGAAGCGUCGAUUGCUUUGAGAAGUUGGAGCAAAUUGGCGAGGGCACAUAUGGUCAGGUUUAUAUGGCUAGAGAGAUUAAAACUGGAGAAAUUGUUGCUCUGAAGAAAAUACGAAUGGACAAUGAGAGAGAAGGGUUUCCUAUAACUGCUAUACGUGAAAUCAAAAUUCUGAAGAAAUUGCACCAUGAAAAUGUAAUCAACUUGAAAGAAAUUGUGACUUCUCCAGGCCCUGAGAAAGAUGAACAAGGGAGGCCAGAUGGUAACAAAUAUAAAGGUGGCAUCUAUAUGGUCUUUGAAUACAUGGACCAUGAUUUGACAGGUCUUGCUGACCGACCUGGGAUGAGAUUCACAGUUCCCCAAAUUAAGUGUUACAUGAGACAGCUUCUGACUGGGCUACAUUACUGUCACGUAAAUCAAGUACUUCACCGUGAUAUCAAAGGUUCGAAUCUUCUCAUAGACAAUGAAGGUAAUCUGAAGCUUGCUGAUUUUGGACUGGCACGGUCAUUUUCUAACGAGCACAAUGCAAAUCUUACAAAUCGUGUCAUCACAUUAUGGUACAGACCCCCUGAGCUGCUGCUUGGGACAACAAGGUAUGGGCCAGCUGUAGAUAUGUGGUCUGUAGGGUGCAUUUUUGCAGAGCUUCUUCAUGGGAAGCCUAUCUUUCCUGGAAAAGAUGAGCCAGAACAAUUAAAUAAGAUUUUUGAGCUGUGUGGAGCACCAGAUGAGGUGAACUGGCCCGGUGUUUCUAAGACUCCUUGGUAUAAUCAAUUUAAGCCUACAAGACCAAUGAAAAGACGUCUCCGGGAAGUUUUCAGACAUUUUGAUCGUCAUGCCCUGGAAUUGUUGGAGAAGAUGCUGACUCUUGAUCCCGCUCAGAGAAUUACUGCCAAGGAUGCACUUGAUGCUGAGUAUUUCUGGACGGAUCCAUUACCAUGUGAUCCUAAGAGUUUACCCAAAUACGAGUCAUCGCAUGAGUUUCAGACCAAGAAAAAACGUCAGCAGCAACGACAAAAUGAAGAAAAUGCCAAGCGUCUUAAAAUGCAGCAUCCUCAGCAGCAUACACGUUUGCCCCCCAUUCAGCAGGCUGGGCAACAACACCCCCAAAUGCGGCAAGGUCCUAACCACCCUAUUCAUGGGUCUCAACCAGCAGUUGCUGCAGGACCUAGCCAUCAUUAUGGAAAGCCUCGAGGUCCUUCUGGUGGGCCAGGAAGAUAUCCUUCUGGUGGGAACUCUGGUGGGGGAUACAAUCACCCGAAUCGUGCAGGUCAAGGAGGAGGAAGUGGUUAUGGAAGUGGGCCAUAUCCUCCUCAAGGGCGGGGUGCACCUUAUGGGUCAAGUGGUAUGCCCGGUGGGCCCAGUGGUGGUCCUCGUGGUGGGGGUGGAAGCGGCUAUGGAGUUGGAGCUCCAAAUUAUCCUCAAGGUGCUCCUUAUGGUGGAUCGGCAGCUGGGCGUGGAUCAAACAUGAUGGGUGGUAACCGCAACCAACAGUAUGGUUGGCAGCAGUAAAACCCUUUUCUUAUCAUAUGAAUGGUUGACAGCAGUAAAACCUUUUCUUAUCAUAUGAUUUGGUGACGCGCUGAUGAUAUGGGAGUUGAUGAACAGUGGUUUAGAAAGAUCAUUAUAUAUUGAUGGAUUGAGUUAUUGAGAAAAAGAUAUAACCCCUCUUCAUUGAUUAUUGAUAUUAUAUUAUGAUUAGUUGAACUGCAUAGAAGUGUUUGUCAAGCACCUAACAUAAUGUUUUUGUCCUUGAGUCACUGCAGAGACCACGAAAGUGAAGAGAGAGCCUCUUAAUGCCUUUGUAGUUGUUCACUUUUAAUAUUUUAUACCUCUGAUUCCUCUGUGGCAUGUAUUAAAGAAAACAGUAUGCUUUAAGAUGUAUAACAGGUUACUUUUCUAGCUGAUCUAUUUGUUUUUAUGGGAAUCUUGUACUGUUUCUGGUAA